AUGGGACCUACAGCAACUAUCUUCUUUGGACUUUUAAUUUUGGGUAUUGGAAGGACUAUGCCUUUCUCUUUGGGAUUGCCUUUAAUUGACGAUAAUGUUAAAAAAACAAAUUUACCUUUAUAUUUUGCGGGAAUGUUUUGUAUUCGUAUAAUGGGCCCAAUGUUGGGAUUUUGGAUGGGCUCUGUUUUUAAUAAAUUAUAUUAUGAUGGAGAAGCACCUCAUGGAAUUACUCCAAGGGACCCAAUGUGGAUUGGUGAGGAUAUUUGUUUUAAAUUGUUGAAAUAAUUAUUAGAAAUUAAAAGAUUAAGAAAAUUCUUGAACAAAACUAAGAUCUUUUGACCUAAAACGCGCGGGGCGCUUGUGUCGGGGUACGGGGUUUUCGAAUUGUUUCGGGGCGGGGUUCGGGUCGGAGGGGG